GUGUGCCAGUUUUCGGGAGACCGGCGCGGUGCCGGGUUCAAAGCACUGUUGAUCCGUUUUUUGUGGACAAUCGGCCAAUUACUACGCGAAAGAGGGGUGUCGUCUUUUCUUUCCACCGUGCGCGAUUCGUGCGGUGCCGGCGGCCAGAGUAGUCUCUUCUCUCCCUCUGCAUACAUACACACAAACGCAGAGGCAGGCGGAGGGCAGUUAGUUUUGUGUGUCGGUGCCAACCCACGGGCCGACUAAAAUAACCCACAGCCCGAAGCCUCCUGGUUGAAAUGUGCGUUGAGAGUUAGAGGCAGAAAGGAGCGCAACCGCCGAACGCACGCCGGGACUCAAACCCUGUCGCUUCAACCCUUCUCAGACAACAAUCGAAUCAAAUAUCUGGUGGGACCAAGCGAGGGUCCAACAUGUCAGAAGGUGCAAUGGGUGGGGGACCUGGAGUGCCACCGCCUCCACCGCCCCCACCACCCCCAAUGCCGGGUCCAGGAGCACCGAUGGCAGCCAGACCCAGGCUGCCGCCUACCAGCUCCCUGGAGCCGCCGGCGGCCAUCCAAGUGGCCAUGAUGGGCCAGAGCAAAGACAAAAAGCCGUUCACGUACACGCCAGGUGGCAUCGACCUGUCGCAGAUCAAAAGCCCCCGCAUGGCCCGCCGCAUAUGCCGCAACGCCGCCAAUGAGGGCAUCUGCGGGCCGCCACCGCCGCCGACCAACGGCCAGCAGCAGGGUCCGCCGCCCCCGCCGAUGAUGCCUCCUCAGGUCGCGGUGCAAGUGCUGCCCCCGCCGCCUCCUGCGAUGCCGCAGAACAGACCACCGCCGGCGCCACAACAGGUGCGGCCUCCGAUGCCCCCGUCAUCGCCGCAGCAGGUGCGUCCGCCCCCGCCACCCCAGCAGAUGCAGCAGGUGCGUCCUCCGCCGCCGCAGCAGCCCCCGCGGCCCCUGGCAGAGUUGAUUAAGGCCUCGCUGCCCCCGCAGUCGCCGCCCUCGCCGCAGCCUCAAAUGCAACAGCGGCCACCUCCGAUGCCACAGGUGGUGCGUGCCGCUCCCGCUCCUGCACCACCUCCGCCGCCCCCACAAACUUCUCAGUCUCCUAUCCCUCAACAGAUGCGAAGUGAGCCUGUUCGCGCUUCCCCGACUCCAACGCAAUUGCAUCAGCCGCCUGCAGGCACCCUUUACAUCCCAGUGGUGAUGCAGCAACAGCCGCAGCCUAUGCAGCAUCCGCCUCAGGUGCAGCCAGCCUCAGUGAUGCUGAACCGAACGCAGCAGUGCAUGCCCUGGAUGAAUUCUGCCUCGCCCUCGCCCCAGUCUCCGGUGCCCAUGUGGUCUCCUCCGGUGACCCAGCCUAGUAGCAGAAUCAUCCCCAUUCAAGUGGAGGGUCGCAACUCGCCGAUGAGCCCUCCAGCCAGCAAACCGCAGGCUAACAUCAGGGUCAUACCCAUCCAGAUCGAAGGCAGAUCCGCCGCCAGUCCUCCAGCAGCAAACCCCGGAGUGCAGUCUCCAAGGGCUGGUGGUGGUCACGGUUGGGCAUCCCCUGCUCCAGAUAAUCCAACACAGUCUCGCUCAUUCAGGGUGCUCCAGCGAAUCACCUCCUACGACGAGAUCGAGGGCGAGCCCCAAGCGGCGCCGGUCACCCAAACAGGGCCGCCCCCACCUGCCCCGAUAUCACAGAUGCGGAAGCUGCAGCUCUCCAACGAUGAUAGGGCGCUGAUGGACCGCUUUAAGGCACAAGAAAUGAAAAAUGGCUUCACAACCGGGAGCAAACCAAUUGGAAGGAGCAAGGAAGAUGUUUACGAUAAUACAUAUGAAUUUGUCGACGUAGACUCUUCUUUGCACACAGAAGCUGACCCAAGAUAUCGCGGCGCAGCUAUUCCGUCCAGGGCUUUCAAAAUGCUGCAAACAAUGACUGGUCCCGACGGAAACGGCGCCUCCGCCAGUGAAGACUAUGUGCAAGUGCAAAGAGCACCAGUGCAACAGGCGAGAGUGACGUCAGAGCUCUAUGUGCCUCCUUCAGAGCAGAGCGCUCAGCCUGAGCCUCGCAAGUAUACUGGCAGUGCUAUCCCCUCGCGGUCUUUCAAGAUGCUCCAAGCCAUGACAGGAACGAAUCAAGAUGAAAACGGCCUGGCUUAUAGCGAAGUACCUGCUGAGGCUAUGUAUUAUCCAAACCAAUCCCCAUGUCCUUCUCCCUAUUCGUGGUAUUACCCUCCAGAGGGAAGCUCAGGCGACCCUGUCUGGGAUUCUUACAUGUACGCUUAUUACCAAACUUACGGCCAGUAUCCUCCAGGAUACUAUUACCCAAGCGGGUAUGAGUCUGAAGAAUUUUCGGGCUACUCAUCCACAGAGGAAAUGGGCUAUUACGACCCAAAUCAGGCGGCGUAUUAUGCUGCACAGCAAGAGUCGCAAGACGAAUCAGAAAAUCAAGCAGCAUCGACGACCGAUCAAGACCAAAAUUCUUCUGAAGAUAGCGAGGAUUCUGAAACAGAGGUAGAGGAAAGCGACGAGGAGGAGGAGGAGAGUGUUGAGCCGAAGCGAUUGAGCAGUGGAGCAAUCCAAGCCAUUAAAUCCGUGACUGAUGUCAGGGUUAUUGGAACCGACGACGACGAAAGUGAAAUCGAUGAAGAAGAGCCGCCGAAUAAUCAAGAGCCUAACCUCCAGCUGGGAAGCAAGCAGCUCAGUGUAAUUUAUGAAGAAAGUGAGCAGUCUGACGCAGAGAGUGUGAGAAGGAUGAGAUGCGGAUGGAAGUCAAGCAAGUCUUGCACAGAAACCGAAUCUAGCGAUGGGGAAACCGAGGACGAGUACCCAAACACCAGCGCCAAGGAGGAAGAGGAGGACGAAAGCACAGAAGAGGAAUCAGAUGAAAAGGUCACCACGGCGAAAAGUGUCUCACCAAGUGAGUCGAGGACAACAGUUGUAAAGGUAGAGAGUGACGAAGAGGAAGAGGAGGAGGAGGAGGAGGAAGAAGAAGAAGAAGAAGAGGAGGAGGAAGAAUCAGAGGAAGAAGCCACCCCCAAGAAGCAAACUAUAGAAGUAAAAGAAGAUUCUGAUGAGGAAGAGGAGGAGGAUGGAGAGGAGGACAAGCCUGCUGCAAAACAGGAAUCCAGCUCUGAGGAAGAAUCAGACGAGGAAGAUGAACCACCAGUUAAAAAACCAGUGGAAGCAGAAGAAGAAUCUAGUGAUGAAGAAUGUGAUAGGCGGUUGAAAAAUUCAUCAACCGUCGUUGAAAUUUCCAAAGCAGACUCGAUGGAGAUAAAGCAAGAGUCUGAUUCCGAAGAAGAAGACAGCGACGAUGAAGCAAACGCCACCGUUACUGUCCGUCUGCCACUAAGGAUAAAAAUUAGCCCAAGCAGCACUAAUUGCGGUCCCGUGGCCACUCUAACCGUCGGAAACAGCGAGCAGGUGCAGAGCUCCGAGGCAAAGGCCGCAGCCAAGGUGGAGGAGUGGAUGCAAAGAAGCGAGUCUAACGCCAGCAUUGGGAGCAGUCCGGAAGUGUCCAUCUGUCUGUCUCUGCCACUGAAAAGGACGCCUGCCCCACCUCCUGAAAACGAGGACAGCCACUGGGAGGACGACUCGAGCAGUACAAGCAUCCAGACUGUGAGGCACAGGCGCAACAGCAGCGUCCCUAGCGUCGCCACGACGCACCAGGUGGACAGUGACCGUGAGGAAAGUGAGCCGUCGAGUCCGCCAAUCCAUCAGAACAAAGAGGAGCCUCCCAAGGUUCCCAUAAAACCGCAGAGGAGCACCAGCUCUGUCUGCGAGAAGAAGUGCAAACGGAACAAAAGACGCAGCUCGACAGAGGACGACUCCGGUGUCACUGACCUGAGCCGCCAAAUCUCGGACAGCGAGUCCGAAGUGGGACUGGAUCUCAUGCUGGCAUGUCAGCGUGCUGCCACGCAUUCGCGCCUGUUCAAGCUGCUGCAAGAUGCUGGCGUCUGCAGCGACGACGAAGAGGACGACGAUGCAGAAGAGGGCAGCGGCGAACAGCCGGCCGAGUCCAAGGACGUAAUCGUGCCGGUGACCAAGCCGGACGUCAAGCCCAAACGGGACACCUUGCGACUACCUCUGCAGGCCGAAAUGUGCGACAGCAGCAGCCUCAGCAGUUCAGAAAUCACCUCGCCUGCGUCUCCAACGGUGGCAGCCAAACUGGUGCGUGAGCUCGCGAAGGAAUUGUCAAAGAAAAAGGGCAAGAAGAGUAAGACGAACCGCAUCCACGCAACAGCUCUUCGGAUCAUGAAGGAGGAGGACAACGAUCCUUACGACACGGGAACCACCGGAAGCUCGGCCUCCUCGGACAGCGGAGGCGCCAGACCGUCGCCUUUGCAGACUCAGCAGCCACCGCUCAUGAUGCCGCAGUACUACCCUGCUUACCCUCCGCACAUGUACGGACCCCACUAUUACGAUUACGUUGAUUAUUACAAUUCUUGGGGCAUGAUGGACCCCAGAGAGUACGCCGCCAUUCCUGCCAGGGCAUACAGGGUUCUGUCGCAGCCUGGUGUCAAUCCUAUGGACGCGCAGUUCGCCAAGUGUCCGCGGAUACGGCCGUUCGUCCAGUCGCCCCUUAUGGUCCCAAACCAAUCCUCUCCCACGCCUAAUUCGCAGGCCAACACUUCUUGUAAUUCAGCCUCGUGAACCAUCUGAAUUGCUCUUCUAUUACUCACUUCAAUUAUAAACCCCAGGUGCGGGUCACUACUCGGAUUUGUAAAACUCUGAAGCGAAGUCGAUUGAACGGAUGCUGCAGAAAGUCGCCCUCGCGCAGGAGACAGUGCUACAAGUCGAUUGAGAGAUGGCAUACACAACUCAAAAAUAAAAAUGUAUACACUAUAUGCGAUGUAAAUACACUGAUAUGAUUGUAUCCUGCGAAAGUGUGAGUCACGAAACAAUCAUAUUGAGCUUUUAAUCCAGUGCAUUUUUGUCUAGUUUGCUGCAGUCAAUUGCAUAAUAUCUGUUUGUAUAAAAAAUAUACGUGCUACUUUUUGUUCUCAAGCUCUCUCUCUCCCUCUUUAUCGAUUUCGUCAGGUCACCAUCUUGUUUUAGUAUUUGUAAUGACUAACCUUGUCGCGAAAAAUGUCUCAUGAACUUGACAUGCAUUUUAAUAAUACCACCAGAAUGUGUGGGAUGCAGCCAUGGAGAUUUAUUUGAUGUUGAUAGUUAAAUAAUAUGCGAUUAUCUUGCGUGCUUAAUUUUUGCCAAUUUUGUGAUCAUCUGUAGAGAAUGUCUUUUUUUUAGUUCCAAGCUUAUGGCUUCUUUCAAGUUUUGUAAGGAAUUGAAAUUAAAAAAAUAUACUUAAAACGUGGAAA